AUGGAAAUAGCCUGUUCUAUUCUUCACAAUUUCAGUCUUGUGCUUUUCUUUGCUCUUCCAGUUUUGGUGGCUGCUCAAACUGCAAAUAUUAGUUUAGGAUCAUCUCUUGUUGCCUCGGAGGACUCCUCCCCAUGGCAUUCACCUUCCAAGGAAUUUGCAUUUGGAUUUCGUCGCAUUGGUGAUCAAAAUCUCUUUCUGCUUGCCAUAUGGUUUGAUGCCAUACCAGAUAGAACCAUAGUAUGGUAUGCAAAUGAUGGUAAAACAGCCCCGGAAGGAUCGAAACUUGAGCUUGGUGUUGAUGGUCAGUUCACUCUUACUACUCCACAAGGCAAAGAAAUCUGGAAACCCGAUAAUAUGGUAGACAAGGCCUCUUAUGCUGCUAUGCUCGACACAGGGAAUUUCAUCCUUGCAGAUAAUGAUUCUAACCAUAUUUGGGAAAGUUUCAGGGAUCCAACCGACACCAUACUGCCAACUCAAAUAAUGGAGCGUGGUGGACUGCUAUCUUCAAGGAGAACAGAAAACAACUAUGAGAAGGGGAGGUUCCAGCUCCGCUUGCUUCCAGACGGCAACCUUGUGCUCAAUCCCAUUGCCCUGCCAACAGAUAAUGCCUAUGGUGCUUAUUAUAACAGUGACACAAAUGAUAUUGCUAAUGACACAAAUUCUGGUUUUCGAUUGGUUUUCAAUGAAUCAGGUUACCUUUAUGUCGUUCGGAGGAAUGGAAACAAUAAAAACCUUACAUCAGGAUCAAUUUCCUCACCGCAAGAUUUCUAUUACAGGGCAACACUUGAUGUUGAUGGGAUUUUCACACAAUAUGCCCACCCCAAGUCUCCAGCAAAUGGAAGCAGUUGGGUUCAAUCCUGGACCCCUGUUUGGUUUGAGCCAAAAGACAUUUGCUCAGGCAUCAAGGGCGACCUGGGUGGCGGAGUUUGCGGCUUUAACAGCUACUGCAUACUUCAAUCAAAUGGAAGACCAACCUGUCAGUGCCUUCCUGGAUUCUCCUUAUUUGAUCAGGAUGACAAAUUUAGUGGCUGUAAGCAAGACAAUUUACAAACAUGUGAUCCAUAUGCUCCAAAUCCGGAGGAAUUAUAUGAAACAAAAUUCCUGUCAAAUUUAGUUUGGCGCACUUCUGCAAACUAUGAAGAGCUCGGACCAUCAAAUGAAGUAGAUUGUCGUGAUUCCUGCAUUUCUGAUUGCAAUUGUGUGGUUGCUGUCACUUAUGCAGGGAAAUGCUGGAAGAAGAAAUUGCCCCUCUCGAGUGGGAUGGUGGACAUUAGUACCUAUGGUAAGGUUUUCAUCAAAAUACCAAAAGCUAAUCUUACUUCAAGAGAACUUCCUUCUCCGGAGAGCAUCAAUCAAAGGGAUCAAGCAACUGCAAUCCUAGUUAUAUCAAUUAUCCUGGGGAUCUCAGUGUUUCUCAACUUGCUAUUCAUGGCAGCUAGUUCAAUAGCCUUCAUUUUCUCAUACCACAAAAGACAGAAACAUGCCGGAGUGUCAAGCAUUUUAGAAACAAACUUGCGGUCUUUCACUUUUGAAAACCUCAAAAACGCCACAGACGGGUUCCGAGAAGAACUAGGAAGAGGUGCUUUCGGAAUUGUAUACAAGGGGAUCUUAUCAUCACCGAGUUCAACAACUUUAAUUGCGGUCAAGAAGUUAAACAAUCCGAUACAAGAUGGAGAGAAGGAGUUUGUAGCAGAAGCAAGUGCAAUAGCAAAGACCCAUCACAAGAACUUGGUAAGAUUGCUUGGCUUCUGUGAAGAAGGGCAACACAGGCUUUUGGUUUACGAGUUCAUGAGCAAUGGCACUUUAGCUAGUUUCCUCUUUGGAAUCUCAAAACCUGACUGGAACAAACGAGUCCAGAUCGCAUUUGGGAUUGCAAGAGGGCUUGCUUACUUGCAUGAGGAGUGUGGUACACAGAUCAUUCAUUGCGAUAUUAAGCCCCAAAACAUACUUCUUGAUGACUCCUUCACUGCAAGGAUCUCAGACUUCGGGUUGGCAAAACUUCUUAUGAAUGAACAAACUCGAACUCUUACAGCUGUCAGAGGGACUAAAGGUUAUGUAGCACCGGAAUGGUUCAGGAACAUGCCAAUUACAGCAAAGGUGGAUGUGUACAGUUUCGGGGUCAUGUUGCUGGAGAUUAUUUUCUGCAGGAAGAGUUUAGACGUGGAAAAAGAGAAUGAAGAGGAAGUAAUACUAGUUGACUGGGUCUAUGAUUGUUACAGAUGCAGAAGAUUGGAUAAGCUGGUGGAAAAUGAUGAGGAGGCAAAGAUUGACAUGAGAAGCGUGGAAAGAUUUGUUAUGGUGGCAAUUUGGUGCAUACAAGAGGAUCCAUCUUUAAGGCCUUCAAUGAAAAUGGUUACACAGAUGAUUGAAGGAGUAGUUCAAGUUUCUAUGCCCCCAUGUCCUUGCCCUUUUAGUUCUUUUUGUUAAA